UCUGCCAUUUUGGGUCUGUCAGUUCCUCUGCCUGGCCCUCUGCCCUCAGUCACUGAUGUUGCUGCCUCUGUAUCUACCCUUGUGCCCCCAUGCCUGACUGGUUGACCAUUGGUAUGCCUGUUUUUCUUUCUGCCAGUCACCCUGUUUUUCUCUUUGUCCUCUGCCUAUUGGCCUAUUUACCUCUCUAUCUAUUUUCUCUCUGGUCUAUCUGCCCAUCUGUCCAUUCGUCUCUGCCUAUCCUUUUAUCUGUCCCUCUGCCUGUCUGCCCAGUUGUCUGCCUUUCUUCCUUUCCCUUCCUGUUUUCCUGUAUGUGCUUUUCUCUCUCUCCAGUGCUCCCAUCUGUCUGUCCAUUUGCCUUUGUCUUUCAGUCCUCCCCUGCACGUCUGCCUGCUCACCUAUCUUCCCAUGUUUUGCUAAAUCUCUUAUGCUAUCGCUUUCCCUGUCCACUCUUCUGCCUUCCUGCUUGCUUGACCCGGGCUUUCUACCUUUCAGCCUCUAGAUCUCUGCCUGCCUGCCUCUGGGAUGCCGGAGGACACCCAUGACUCUAGGACUUGUUCUAUAGAUAACUGAGCAUUUGCUCUUGCAAAAUUCAUUCUCUUAGCAGGCACCCAGGCAGAUAAACAGAAAGAUUCCCGCUCCAGCCACUUCAGAGCAAGAAGGACCCUCUGAAAGCAUCUAGGCCCAUUCUGUUGCUUCCCAGAUCGUAGAAUUGAGGCACAGGGUGGAGAGAAGACUUGGCCAGGGCAACAUAAUGAGUUGAUCAUCCGUUGGGACUCCCACUUGGGGCUGCUGCUGCCCAGUGAACGGGCCAUCCCUGCAGGAACAGGAGAGAGCGCAAUAGUCCAGAAACCUGAGAGGCAGGCAUUGUUCGGAGGAUCUGUGCAACUCGCACUGUUAUGGUGGCAAAUCCUGAGCCUUUGUGGAGAGGGCAAUCUGGAGUCCAGAGAUUAAAUAUUCACUUUUUUUCCCCCUAUGGGUAAAAAGGUAUUUAUUUUUUUAGAGGCUUUCGAGGACAAUGUUUUAACCAAAGGCAAACAUUCACUUUUUAAUACGUAACCAUUAACCUGUCCCCAGAACCCUGGCAGCCUGAGGAUAUGUCCUGCCUGUCUUCCUCCUGGCCCUCCACCACAUUCUACCCCAGGGGGGAGUAGGUUGCUGUGAACUCUCCCAGCCUCUGGAUCUAGCCCAGCCUAGCCCAGUGUGACCCUCCUUGGCUUCUCUAUCAUCUCCGCAGCAUCACUCCCCUGAGACCAAAGGAAGCCAUUGACGAUUUUGGAACUGAGGAGGGAGAUGUCAUGGGGUGUGCUCCAAGAAAUGGAGUUCAACCUGGUUUGUGAUCGGAGGCAUCUGAGCGAUACCUUGCAAUCAAUCUUCAUGGCUGGGCUCCUCGUUGGGGCUUUCAUCUUUGGGCCCCUCUGUGACUGGAUUGGCCGCAAGGUCACCAUCCUGGUGCAGCUGCUCUUCUUCGCCAUCUUCGGCCUGAGCACAGCCUUUGUGCCCACCUUUACGCUCUACGUCAUCCUGCGCUUUGCUGUAGCUACUGCCGUCGCUGGAUUUACCUUUAGCAAUGUCACCCUGAUGACAGAGUGGGUGGGGCCCUCGUGGAGGACUCGCACCAUGGUCCUGGGCCAGUGCGCCUUCUCCGUCGGGCAGAUGGUGCUAGCAGGACUCGCCUAUGGCAUCUGUAACUGGAGGAUCCUGCAGAUUGCCGGCACUUCACCUGUGUUGUUGCUCUUCUUCUACUACUGGGUUCUACCAGAGUCGGCACGGUGUCUCCUGACCCGGGGGAGGGUAGAGGAGGCUAAAACACUGAUCCAGAAGGCGGCCACGGUCAACAAGCGGAAACUCUCCCCAGAGCUCCUGAGCCAGCUGGUCCCAGAAAAGACAGGCCCCUCAGGGAAUGCCCUGGAUCUGUUCAGAUACCCCCAGCUCCGGAAGAUGACCCUGAUUCUCUUCUUAGUCUGGUUUGUAGACAGUCUGGGGUACUUCGGCCUGGGCCUCAAAGUAGGAGACUUUGGCCUGGACAUCUACCUGACGCAGCUAAUCUUCGGAGCAGUUGAGAUUCCUGCCCGCUGCUCCAGCAUCUUCAUGAUGCAGUGGUUCGGCCGCAAGUGGAGCCAGAUGGGAACUCUGAUUCUGGGUGGCCUCAUGUGUAUUGCCAUCAUUUUCGUCCCAGCAGAUCUGCCUGUGGUGGUCACUGUGCUGGCCGUGGUGGGGAAGUUUGCCACAGCUGCUGCAUUUACCGUCUCCUACGUGUACUCUGCUGAGCUCUUCCCCACCAUCAUCCGAGACACAUGGCCAGGCCCUGAAGGACACCAUCGAGGACCUGGAGCAAGGGCCCCACCCACGGUCUCUGAAGUCAGAACCCUCAGAAAAGGACACGGAGGCCUCUGGAAGAACUUCCAGCCAAGGAGUGGCCUUUGUGAGCAACACGUACUUCUGAUUGUGUCUCCAAGAGCCAAACCAGCAGCAGCAGGGAGCUGCCUCAAUUUUACCCUGAAAAUAGUUGGGACCUGUGAGCAAGACCAUCCUUAUGGAUGGAGGCAGCACCGUGACCUGCCCCAGCACCAGCACCUGCUUCUGUGCCCAAUCCCAGAAGCAUCAUUACCUUCCUCAUCCCCAGAUCCCCACCCUCAAUACCCUGUUCUGGUUUAGAGUCUUGGGCUCAUCUGCUCUCUGAUAGCCUUGUAGGGGUAUGGCUCCCCUGACCCCCUCAAUCUGGGGUCCCUCUGCCCUCAAAACACAGUCAAGCUUUGGUGGUUACCAGAGGGGAAGGGGGCAGGGGGGAGGGCGAAAGGGAUAAUUCGGCACAUGUGUGUGGUGAUGGGUUGUAAUUAGUAUUUGGGUGGUGAACAUGAUGUAAUCUAUGCAGAAAUAGAAGUAUAAUGAUGUACACCUGAAAUUUAUACAAUUUUAUA